CAACAAUAUAUAAGAAGUAAGCUAGCGUGUAUUUUCCCAUCACCACAUAUCUGUAUAAAAUGUCUGUCGAACAAUUUGUUGAUACUACCAUCGCUAACAACGACGUUGUUGUCUUUGCCAAGACCUAUUGCCCUUACUGCCAUGCCACCGAGAAGGUGAUUGCUGAUGAGAAGAUCAAGGCCAAGAUUAUUCAAUUAGACACUUUGGAUAAUGGCGAUGAAAUUCAAGCUUACCUCUUGAAAAAGACUGGCCAACGUACUGUUCCCAGUGUCUUCAUCCACCAAAAGCACGUUGGUGGUAACUCUGAUUUCCAAACCUUGUAUAAGAAGGGCGGUCUCUCUGGUCUUUCCGGUACCGCUUAAAUGAGAUUUAUAUAACGAAUAAAUAUUUCUUUUUUUUUUUUUUUCCUUGAA